AGAGGGAGCAGCCAUGUCUGAGAAGAAGCCCCGAUGCUCGGACACUCGUCCCAAAUGUGGCCUUCGCAGUUGGAGUGCCGAUAGUUACAUUUGGCGAGGAAAGAAGCGCUCGAGGAACUCUCGCAAGGGUUCCAGUCCUGGAGGGUUUGAGGCGGAGGGGUCAGAGGAACUUGGGGUACGGUCCACGUCCUGUCCGAGGAGGCGAAGAGAGAGAAAGUGUAGCUGCAGCAGUCUCGGGGAAGACAUCGAUGCUGUGUGCCGAAAGGCCAUGUCCAGGCGCUCUCUGCGGCAGAAGUUCCAGGAUGCUGUGGGACAGUGUUUACCCUUGCGCUCGCAUAAUCCCCACCAUCAUCAUCACCAUCUAGCGGGAGCCUCACGCCCAUUCUCUGUGUUAUUCUGGUCCAAACGCAAGAUUCACGUAUCAGAGCUCAUGCAAGACAAGUGCCCCUUCUCCCCCAAAUCUGAACUGGCUCACAGUUGGGACCUUUUUCAAAACCAUGCCACCCAAUCAGGUGCCCACAUGGACCUGGAGGCUAACCUGAAAGCCAACAACUCCCCACCACAUACCCCAUCCCCCCCACACAUCUCCUGGGAGGAGAUCUGCUGCUCCCCUGAUCCUAGAAGCCUCACUCAAGAGGACUGGGACACUAUUUGUCCACACGAGCAAAUAGAGGACAGCAACGGCCACAUACUGGUCCCUGAUCUCCUGCAGAUAAACAACAGCUCCUGCUAUUGGGGGGUUCUGAACCGUUUCGAGGCUGAGGAACUCCUGGAAGGCCAGCCGGAAGGAACCUUCCUUCUCAGAGAUUCCGCUCAGGAUGAAUUCCUUUUCUCCGUCAGCUUUCGACGGUACAGCCGAUCCCUGCACGCACGCAUUGAGGAGAACGGCAAGCGCUUCAGUUUUGAUGUGCGCGACCCGUGCAUGUACCGGGAUAGCAGUGUGACGGGGUUGCUGAGACACUACAGUGACCCGGCCACCUGUCUCUUCUUUGAACCCCUCCUUUCCCAGCCACUACCCAGAACAUUUCCCUUCUCCCUGCAGCACUUGUGCAGGGCUGUGAUCUGCAGCUGCACCACCUACCAGGGGAUAAAGAACCUUCCACUGCCCUCUCAGCUCAGGAACUACCUCGGCCAGUAUCACAUCAAGUGUCAAGGGGCUUGUGCUGUGUGACUAUCCAAAGCAAAAGAGACAUUGGUCCUACAUGUACUAUAUGUUUGUUUUUUUUGUUUUUUUUUCCAUUGAAUUGUUUCAUGUAAGUUUCUGGCCUGGACGUAUUUUUCAAAUAUUCAAAUUUUCAAAUAUUCACGGUAAUUAUAACUUGACAACUGCCUUAGUGUAGUGUUUGACAGAGGAGCAAAGAGGAUCGGAGUAAAAAUAUACAUUUUAUUUGGAAAAUGCAGU